AUGUCAGAUGAAAUAGGAGCCCAUUUUGAGAAAACCAUGGCAAAGCCAAUUAAAAAAUGCAGCAUUUAUCCUCCUAAAUCUACAGUAUCUUCUCUUCUAGCAAGUUGCAGCUUGAACAGCAGUAAUUCCUCUGACUUCGGUGCCUCUAUAAAGUAUAAAGACAAGCUUUACAGCUCUGCUUCUCAGGCAUUACAGGCCUACAUUGAUGAUUUUGAGCUAAAUUAUAUGUCUCAUGAUAAAAGUAUUAGGAAGUUUAACCUUACUCAGAAUUCCAAGUUCUCCAAAUUUCUUUCUAAAUCCCCAAAUGGUUUUCUAGACUUUGACUGCAAAAGAUCAAAGUCAUCUGGUAGAAACCAGAUGAUUGGUGACAUAGACUCUAUUAGCCUAACAACUGAUGAUCUAGUACGUUUUCCACCAGACGGAUCACUGUCUACCGAUACUUAUGUUGGAUCACUACAUCAAAAUAACAAACAGGACAGAAAACUUCUUAAAAAAGCUUCAUCAGAAAAUGAAAGAAAUCGCAGUUUUCUAGAUCCUUGCAAGCCUGUGGGAAAUGAGGACCCAUUUACUCCCGUUCUAUUCUCAGAUACCAAUGAAAAGCAUUGUGGUGUGAUAAAAAAUACUUCAAAUAAACAUUGCAAAUAUAUUUCUGCAUCAUCAGAAUAUUCUUCAGAGAUGCCAUUGCCCAAAGAAAAUUCAAAGGACCAUAGUAGAAAAAAUUACCCAAGAUGGCUUACUAGCCAGAAGUCUGACCUUAACGUGUCAGGGAUAACUAGUAUUCCUGAUUACAGUUAUCCUCUUUGGCUACACGAUCAAGAUCUGUUACCCAAUUCAUCCAGUCAAAGUAGUUCUUGGAUGCAAAAAAAAGAACAAGACAUUUAUAUGGAGAAAAGAAAAACUCAGUUUGCUCAUAAAUUGGAUUGUUAUGAACCUUCACUUGAGCAUUGUGGCAUUUCAGACUCCACAAGUGACAAAAUAGUUAAUUGUAAACACAGUUGUGAACUUGGUCAAUUUCAUGAGCGUAUACCUUUCUCAGGGAAAUCCAAAAAGCCAUUCAGUGAUGACAAAAUUGAAUUGCUUAUCCUGAAGGCCAGGAGAACUCUAGAGCAUUCUUCUGAAGGAUUAUCAAGUACCUUGAAAAAUGAUGUCAGUCCUUGCUCAGUAGAUAAACUAGAAGCAGAAAGAUCGUGGGAAAAUAUUCCAGUUACUUUCAAAUCCCCUGUGCCUGUGGAUUGUGGUGAAAGACCUCAGGAAAUCGUAAAAGUGAAACGUGUUCAUGAGUUCCUUGAGGAUUGUAAUAAGGGUCAUCCGACAAAUACGCUGUCUGGAGGUAAACAUCAUGGUCCUGUUGAAGCUCUGAAACAAAUGUUGUUUAACCUUCAAGCAGUGCAAGAAAGUUUUAAUCGGUAUACAUAUGCUGAGCAAGAUGAAGAGAUUAAACAAAGAGAGAAUUUUUACUCUGGGGAUAGCUUUAGCUGCAUCCCCAAAAUGUUGUGUCCAGAGGAGGAAGGAUCUACAAAGGAAGAUGUAAUUCCUAUUACUGAAUCUCUUGAAAAGGCUUUGCACCAUUUGUCUCGCCUGAGAGAACUAGUUGAAGAUACCCGUGGCAAAUCGAACCUAAUACAAUCACGGAAAAAUGAAGACAUAAAAAACUGUCUAACCAGCAAAAAUUGAGAUUUCUUUUUAAAGUGUUCAUAAAUGGGCUAAAAUGGAUUUUUUUUGU